AUGACAGCCAACGACAUGUUGCAGGGAAAAGAGAUUGCGUUGAAAAAACGUUUCGAACGAGACUUCUUGCCCAAGUAUGGUGCUCUCUGGCGAUGCAUUGAGCAGACCAGAACAGCUCCAAAAGAUCCUCAAGCUCCUGUGAAAGCAUGUGUUGAUUUUCUUACGGCUAUUGAAAAUAAGGCUCCAGCAACUAUCCGUGCGGCUACAAAUGAAGACGAAUGUGGCUGUGAAUGCGAGCCUCCAAUUUUGGAGAACGAAAAUGGCAAGGAAAAUAUCCGUAGCCUUCCAAACUUUGAAAUGCAAGAAAGAGCGGAAGAAAAAACAGAUGCGAAUGAAAGUCAAAUAAUUCAUUUGACUGAGGAUUCAGAUUCAGAUUCAGAUUCAGAUUCAGAUUCAGAUUCAGAGAACGAGAUUGAAUUGGAAACAGAGCCACCGAUUGGCAACAGCAAGGUUGUAGAAAUUUUGACGGAUUCAGAUGACGACACCAGUGAUUUACGAAAAACAGCGCGAUUGGACCCAUCGCGACGGCCUCUUCAAAUAUCUUCAUCUUUUAUCGACGACGAUAGUACUGGUAGCGAUUCCAGUAGUGACGCUGAAUUUGAAAUUGAUUUUAGUAAUCUUAGUGAAGAAGAAAGUAAUGACGUCGAUGAUUUGAUUGAGUCAACGAAACGACUUAGCGUGAAUGACAAAGACAACAAACGUACAUUCAGUCAACCCAAGAGGAAAAGGACCCCAAUGAGCAAACGCGCUUUCAAGACCAAGCGAGAACCAAUGACAAAAGACCUAUUCAAAGAAUUCAAUACUAAAGUAUUUGGAGGAAAGCUGGAAUCCGUAUCCGUGCAAUGGUCGACAAAGUUGCGGACUACGGCUGGGUUGACGAGACUUCGUAAAAGUGGGCAGAACAUGAGACCAGGGGUUCCACUUCAACGCUUUGCGACCAUCGAAUUGAGCACCAAAGUGCUAGACAGUCAAGAACGAUUAGAAUCUACACUGCUUCAUGAGAUGGUUCAUGCCGCUGCAUGGAUUCUUGACAACCAAUGCAACCCCCCUCAUGGCAAAUACUUUUGGAAGUGGGCCAGAAUUGCCAUGAAAGAGAUUUCAGGGAUUGAAGUGACAACAACUCAUACUUACGAAAUCGAAUACAAAUACGCAUGGGCAUGCUCCAAACCUGGUUGCUCUUUUCUGGUAAAGCGACAGAGUAGGAGUAUUGAUGUAAAGAAGCAGUGCUGUGGAAGAUGCAAGGGAAGGUUAGUUGAAGUCGACGCAAAGACCGCGAAGACGAAUAUAACAGAAAAGAAACGAGCUCCUCCCUCGGAAUACAAUUUGUUUGUGAAGGACCAGUCAAAAGUAGUGAGAGAAAAGCUGAUGAAUAUCCAACGAGGGGAAGGUAGAGCAAACCCAAAAGUGUCACAGAGCGACGUGAUGAAGGAAUGUGCUAGGCUUUGGCGCGAGAAGAAAGCAGUACAGCAAAUUUGA